UGGAAGUUGUAAUGGGAGUCUGUGUCAAUCCCAGACAGUGACUUCAUCAGGGACAGGGGCCAAUCACAAGUACAAGUAAUCACAAGAUAUCCCCGACUUGACCGAAAGGCGAGCUUUGGUCGAGAUUCGGGCAACAUGCGACAGUAUGACUGACAUCCCUCGACUGAUUGAGAAGAAGAGAGAUGGAAAGUGUCUGGAAGACGACGAAAUACGGACAUUUAUCAACGGGCUUCUACCUGGCCCGAAUAAAUGUGUAGACGACGGUCAGCUUGGUGCCAUGCUAAUGGCUAUUUAUCUGAAAAAGAUGAACGACCGUGAGACGACGGUGCUAACGAAGGCCAUGCGUGACUCCGGGGAAGUGCUUAGUUGGCCACAGGAGUGGAAAGGAAAAGUAGUGGACAAGCACAGCACUGGGGGAGUUGGGGAUAAGGUCAGCCUCGUUCUGGCCCCAGCCUUGGCCGCGUGUGGAAUGAAGGUUCCAAUGAUAUCAGGCCGGGGACUUGGACACACUGGCGGAACUUUGGACAAACUCGAGUCUGUACCAGGGUACAAUGUUUCUCUUAGCAAAGAGCAGAUAGAGUCGGCCUUACACCAUGUAGGCUGUGUCAUCGCUGGUCAGACAGCUAAUAUAGCACCGGCGGAUAAGAGGAUGUAUGCGUGCAGAGACGUGACAGCAACAGUCGACGACAUAUCCCUGGUCACAGGAUCAAUUAUUUGCAAGAAAGCUGCUGAGGGUAUAGACGCGUUGAUCAUGGACGUGAAGUGUGGCGAAGGCGCCUGGCCUAUUUGUUCUAAUGUAGAGGAUGCCAGCAAGUUAGCGAAAUGUUUGGUAGCAGCUGGAAUCGGCCUCGGCAUUAACACCGUUGCCUUGGUGACACAGAUGGAUGCUCCACUUGGUCGAGCAGUUGGCAACGCCCUCGAGGUUGCGGAAUCGGUUCGAUGUCUUCAGAAUAAGGGACCAGCUGAUCUUCUGGACAUUGUCUCCGAACUAGGUGGUGAGCUUCUGGAUCUUGUUCAACCAGGACAGGAUGGGAAGGCCCGAAUUAAGUCUGUGGUUAGAGACGGACGCGCGCUGAAAAAAUUCCAGGAAAUGUUAAAUGCCCAAGGGGUUGACAGCCAGCUUGCGCAGAAAUUAUGUUCAUCCGUCAAUCCUCUAUCGGAAUUGUGUCAGGCUGAACACAAAACAGAACUUAAAUGUCCGACAAAAGGUUAUGUGAUAAAGCUGGACGCCAUGAACUGUGCCUUGGUGACACGUGAUCUUGGUGGCGGACGUAUGGUGGCGGGUCAACAGUUAAACCACGCUGUUGGCUUGGAAUUGCUGGUAGAGGUCGGGUCGGAAGUGGAACAAGGCCAGUCUUGGGUCAGAGUACACCAUGACGGUGAACUGACAGCACAGCUGAGGAAGACUCUCGACAAUUCGGUCACCAUAUCCUCGACGAAACCGGAAGUCAAGUCCAGGGUGCUACGGAAGAUACCGUGAUGAAGAAAAAGCAAGCUUAAUACAUCUGUGUGUUCGAUUACUAUGCCUUUAUACACAUAUUAUGUUAUAUAAUUAAGACGUAGAAGACGAGAGCAGGGACGACAGUGUGAUAGCUGGCAAAUAAUCACACGUAACCGGUGAAAUACGGCCUCUUGUCAAUUGACCUCAGACAGGGUUUUAUUCUAAUUCUUCAUGUAAAUUCAUAAAAAGUAGCAAUUUACACGCCCCCAGCUCUUUUUCUUAAGCAGAAUUAGGUAAAAAAAUCUGCAGUGAUGUUAUUUGCAAUUUAUUAGACGUCACGGGUCUAGAAUUACUCAAAAUGCUGUGUUGUCAUCACAUUUAAGGUACGGUCUCAUUAAAACAGUGCAAAAGGACCAGGCCUCGGGCAUGCUUAGUUCAGCAUUAUCCCUCCACCCAUAAUAGUUAACCCCCCUAAACAACAAUAAAUAAAUGAAUAAAUGAAUUUAUACUGAAUAAUAAACAAGGCAUGACUAUGGCCGUGUAACCAGAGGGAGAUGUUUCAGAGAAGCUCUGUAAGCUUGUAAUGUACGCAAUUUUGAAGUAAGCCACAAACUGUGUUUCUCUCCUGAAAGUCGCUGCGUAUAGAUCUACCUAAAAUUUACAAUGAAGUGACUGUGCAUGUAUGAUCAGACGCUCUCACUGCUUGUGUGGCCUUGGUGACAAUAAGCGUCUAAAACGUUCCUUGAAGACCACUUGUCUUCCGUCAAUAUAUCGGCCAAUUUCCACUAAUUUACUUGAAGAACUAAAUGUGAGUUAAUUGAGAGUAACAAUUAAUAGGGAAAAAAACUGUCCGUUGCAUAUUUUUGCACGUUUUCUUGUUACCAAGGGUGGUAUCGGUGCAAAGUUCACAAAAAGACUGGUCAUUGCCUUUUGCCAAACAGUCGAUUGUUUGUAGUGCUUUGUGUGGUAUCAUUGAACUAUUUUCAUAAAGCUAAAUCACCACGAUAAGGCUGCAAUACUGUGGUUUUUAAGACGUAACUAUUCAUUCAUAACUCUACAGUAUAUACAUGGAUUAUGGCAACUAACAUUCAUUCCUGUGUCAUGGGAAUUUUCAUGUCUUUAGGGUUACCAUAAUUGCCGCAUGAGGCAACAUUCUGUUCCCAAACCAUAUACUAGCUAAUUUUUAAAAGCAAUGUGAGGGCAUCCCGGUUGAUGAAUUCUAGAUAUCCUGCUAGCUUGAGGGAAUUAUCCAAUAA